AUGACACACUCUUUGAAAUACAAAGCAAAGCCCUUUACCGACAUCUUCACACACGACAGCGACAUCAACCGAACAAAAUGCGUUCGCACAGUUCCAAUGAAGGUCCUCAUUUUGGGACUCGGCCGAACAGGCACAGCAUCCCUCCGUGCUGCUAUGAAGCACCUCGGCUACGUCGACACAUACCACAUGAUGAACUGCUCCAUUGAAAACCCGCCAGACGCACUCCUCUGGAUGGACGCCCUCUGCGCCAAGUACGAUGGGCAGGGCAAAAAGUUCACCCGUGAAGACUGGGACAAACUCCUCGGCAAUUGUCAAGCCGUGUGUGACUGGCCAGCCAUAGCCUUCGCCAAGGAACUUAUCGAAGCAUAUCCCGAAGCUAAAGUCAUUCUCACGAACCGGGAUGUUGACUCGUGGCACGCAUCAACCCUCAAGACGGUGUACUGGCGUGUCACUGAUCCAGAGCUGAAGUGGCUGUCGUACUUUGACUGGGCAGCCAGCAUGUACUACCCCAUGCUGAGGAAGUUUUUUGAUACCUUUUUCGAGGGAGACUUUCCGAACCGAGGAAAGGAGGUGUUUCUGCGUCAUUACGAAGAGGUGCGUAGCUUGGUGCCAAAGGAUCGACUGCUCGAGUACAGAAUCACGGAUGGCUGGGACUCUUUGUGUGAGUUUUUGGGUGAGCCUGUGCCCAAGUAUGUGUCUUUCCCGAAUGUCAAUGACAAUUCGGACUUUGUGGCGCGGUCAAGACGACGGAACCGGAAUCAGGUGAAGAAUGUGGUGAUGCGGUUGUUGGUGUGGGGGAUGGUGAUUCUGUUGGCGUUUGGGCUGGUUUGUCGGGUUUUGAAUGUUCAUCAUGUUGCUUAUACGCUUGCUGUGCCGUUGGGGUAUAAAGUUGCCUUGGAUAUUCGGUCUCUUUAG